AUGCAACCCCUGCUAGCUUGGUGGAUACUGGUUGCUACUCUAUUCACGAUGGAUGCCUUUGCCAACGGUUUUAACCAAUCCAUCGAUUUGGAAAAGUUGGCCAAAGUGGUAUUACCUCCUAGAUUUCAAACUCGCGUUGUCGGCGGUGAUGUGACCACAAAUAGGAAACUGGGAGGUUAUCUAAUCGCACUGCGCUACAAAAACGAAUUCAUUUGUGGUGGCACUUUGCUCCAUGACCUCAUCGUCCUGACAGCAGCCCAUUGUUUUCUAGGUCGGCUGACCGUUGGCGAUUGGUUGGCAGUCGGCGAUACCUCGAAGCUCACUGACCGAGGUAUCCAACGUAAAGUCAAGGAUAUCAUCCAGUCUGUCGAGUUUCGUGAAAACGACAUGAACAUGGAUGUAGCCAUAUUGCGACUAAAAAGUCCCAUGAAGGGCAGACAUAUUGGAAAGCUAUCGCUGUGCACUAGCACUGUUAGUCCAGGAGUUGAGCUUGUGGUAUCCGGCUGGGGCUAUACCGAUGCCAAGUCCAGUGGCACACAGAAACUAUUGCGUUCGGUUACAGUUCCGGUGAUUGAUAAGAGAAUAUGUCGGGCAUCCUAUUCGCCAACGGUUAACUUGACAGACAGUAUGUUUUGCGCCGGAGUCCUAGGAAAGAAAGAUGCAUGCACCUUUGACUCUGGUGGUCCGUUGGUUCACAAAAAGGAAGUCUGUGGUAUUGUGUCCUUUGGCAUCGGAUGUGCCAGCAAGCGUUAUUACGGCGUCUACACUGAUGUCAUUUAUGUAAAGCCCUUUAUCGAGCAGAGCAUGAAAAUAUUGCUAGGAGGCAGAUAAAUAAAAUAUUA